GUAGAGCCGCUCGGCCCUUUCCCCCCCACCCCCCACCGAUCUCGUUCUCCCAUACGGUGAGUGAGUGAAGCCUGGCAUCUGGCAAAAGACUGGACAUGACGGAACGCAAGGGAACCGCUAAGGUUGAUUACCUGAAGAGAAUUGAGAAGGAUAUCCGCAAAAAAUGGGAAGAAAAUAAGUUGUUUGAGAUUGAUGCUGUCGAGCAAGGGAGUGCAGAGAGUAGUGAGCCAAAGUACUUUGUAACCUUUCCCUAUCCAUACAUGAAUGGGCGACUUCAUCUUGGGCACACUUUCUCCUUGUCUAAAUGUGAGUUCUCUGUAGGAUUUCAACGUUUAAAGGGAAAAAGAUGCCUCUUUCCUUUUGGAUUGCAUUGCACUGGCAUGCCCAUCAAGGCCUGUGCUGACAAGCUGAAGCGGGAGCUGGAGUUGUAUGGGAACCCACCUCAAUUCCCAGAGGAGGGGGAAGAGGAAGAAAUACCAGCAAAAAAUCAGGAAGAAGAAACUAUUAUCAAGGACAAGGCAAAGGGCAAAAAAAGUAAAGCUGCUGCCAAGACUGGUGGGGCCAAGUUCCAGUGGAACAUAAUGAGAUCUCUAGGCCUUUCCGAUAAAGAGAUUGUGAAGUUUGCAGAGGCUGAACACUGGCUUGAUUACUUUCCAGCGAUGGCUGUCCAGGAUCUAAAGAGAAUGGGGUUAAAGAUUGACUGGCGACGCUCCUUCAUCACCACAGACGUGAACCCGUUUUAUGAUUCAUUUGUGAAAUGGCAAUAUCUGAUUUUAAAAGAAAGGAAGAAAGUCAAGUUUGGAAAACGGUACACUAUUUAUUCUCCAAAAGAUGGACAACCCUGCAUGGACCAUGAUCGACAGAGUGGAGAGGGUGUGGGUCCUCAAGAAUAUACGUUAAUCAAAAUGAAGAUCCUUGAGCCUUAUCCAGCAAAACUAAGUGGUCUUAAGGGACAAAAUGUCUUUUUGGUGGCUGCUACACUGAGACCAGAGACCAUGUUUGGACAAACGAACUGCUGGGUUCGCCCUGACAUGAAUUAUAUUGCGUUUGAAAUGGCGAACGGGGAUAUCUUCAUCUGUACUCAGCGGGCAGCAAGGAACAUGUCCUUCCAGGGCUUUACCAGAGAGAAUGGAGAAGUGCCUCUGGUAAUGAAUCUCAUUGGAGAGGACAUCCUUGGUGUAUCAUUGAGUGCACCCUUGACAUCCUACAAGAUUAUUUAUGCUCUCCCUAUGCUCACCAUUAAAGAAGACAAAGGCACUGGCAUAGUCACCAGUGUUCCAUCUGAUGCUCCAGAUGAUAUCGCAGCUCUCCGGGACCUUAAGAAAAAGAAGGCAUUGAGGGAGAAGUAUGGAAUCACUGAUGGAAUGGUCCUACCAUUUGAACCAAUUCCUAUCAUUGAAAUCCCUGGGUAUGGGAACCUCUCUGCACCAACUGUGUGCGACGAGCUGAAGAUUCAAAGCCAGAAUGACCGGGAAAAGCUUGUGGAGGCCAAAGAGCGAGUUUAUUUGAAAGGCUUUUAUGAGGGGAUAAUGCUUGUGGAUGGGUACAAAGGACAGAAGGUUCAAGAAGUCAAGAAACCAAUUCAACGAAAAAUGGUUGAUGCUGAAGAGGCUAUGAUCUACAUGGAACCUGAAAAGCAAGUUAUAUCCAGGUCUGCUGAUGAGUGUGUUGUAGCACUGUGUGACCAGUGGUACCUGGAUUAUGGUGAAGAAACUUGGAAGAAACAGGCUGUAGGUUGCCUGUCAACGCUAGAGACAUUCUGUGAGGAGACUAGGAGGAAUUUUGAAGCCAGCCUUGAGUGGCUGCAGGAUCAUGCCUGCUCGAGAACAUAUGGCCUUGGUACUCGUCUGCCGUGGGAUGACCAAUGGCUGAUAGAGUCACUCUCUGAUUCCACAAUUUACAUGGCUUAUUAUACUGUUGCUCACCUAUUACACGGGGGAACUUUGAAUGGUCAAACCUCUGGCCCGCUGGGCAUCAGACCAGAACAGAUGACCAGAGAAGUUUGGGAUUAUGUGUUUUUGAAGGGCGUUUCAUAUCCAGAGACUCCGAUUCCUAAAGCAAAUCUAGACCAACUGAAAAAGGAAUUCGAAUACUGGUAUCCGGUGGAUUUACGAGUCUCUGGGAAAGAUCUGGUUCCAAACCAUCUCUCCUACUACCUGUAUAGCCAUAUAGCCAUAUGGCCCAAUGACAGUUCAAAAUGGCCUCAAGCUGUAAGAGCAAAUGGACACUUGCUACUGAAUUCUGAAAAGAUGUCUAAAUCCACAGGGAAUUUCCUUACUCUAGAUGAAGCUGUGGAAAAAUUCUCUGCAGAUGGAAUGCGCCUUGCUCUUGCUGAUGCUGGUGACACAGUGGAAGAUGCUAACUUCGUAGAAACCAUGGCUGAUGCAGGUAUCCUGAGGCUCUACACUUGGGUGGAAUGGGUGAAGGAAAUGAUUGCAAAUCGUGAGAGCCUUCGGAGUGGACCUGCCAACACCUUCAAUGAUAGAGUCUUUGUCAGUGAAAUGAAUGCUGGAAUUCUAAAGACAGAACAACACUAUGAGAGGAUGAUGUUCAAGGAAGCUUUGAAGACAGGUUUCUUUGAAUUUCAGGCAGCAAAGGACAAGUACCGUGAAGUUGCUGUGGAAGGAAUGCAGGAGAACCUUGUCUUCCAGUUCAUCGAGAUUCAGACUCUGCUGCUGGCUCCAAUAUGCCCCCACCUUUGUGAGCACAUUUGGGCACUACUAGGAAAGACUGAGUCACUGAUGAAAGCAAGAUGGCCAGUAGCUGGACCUGUGGACGAAAUCCUCAUUCGUUCAUCUCAGUAUCUAAUGGAAACUGCCCAUGAUGUUCGACUCCGUGCCAAAAAUUAUAUGAUUGCUGGAAAAGGAAAAAAAGGAGAUGCAAAGCCAACACAGAAGCCUUCUCACUGCAAUAUCUAUGUGGCAAAGAACUACCCUCCAUGGCAACACACAACACUUCUGUUGCUUCGUAAGCACUAUGAGAAAAAUGAUGGUCAACUGCCAGAUAAUAAAAUCAUUGCUGGUGAAUUGAAAGACCUGCCGGAGCUAAAGAAGUAUAUGAAGAAAGUCAUGCCAUUUGUUGCUAUGAUCAAGGAAAACCUAGUGAAGAAUGGGCCUCGAGUUCUUGACCUGGAGCUGGAGUUUGAUGAACGUAGUGUCUUGAUGGAGAACAUUGUCUAUUUAACAAACUCAUUGGAGUUGGACCAUAUUGACGUGUUGUUUGCAACAGAGGCAGAAGAUAAAAUCCGAGAAGAGUGCUGUCCAGGAAAACCUUUCUGUGCAUUUAGAACAGAGCCUAGUGUGUCCCUGUUCUUGGUGAACCCCCAGCCAGCAAAUGGACAUUUCUCUACAAGGAUCAACAUCAGACAGGGUGAUAAAAAGGACACUGUAAUUCGAAGACUUAUGAAGAUUGACAGGGAUAUUAAAGAUCUUACACGAGUGAAACUCAUGAGGUAUGAAGACCCUGUACUGGGCCCACGACGGGUUCCAGUGCUUGGAAAGGAAUCAGUGGGUAAAGUGGCCAUUUCUGAGAAGGCGUCCUUCCACAUAGACUUGACUGCAAAAAAGAUCCACCUGACUGACAAUGGCUUGAAACUUGAUGUGGGUGAUACUUUGAUCUACCUGGUACACUGAUGCACAGCAGAAUAUAUCCUUUGGCUUCACCCCAGUUGAUGACUGUAAUACUUCUGUACUGACGUUGAUCUUUUUGUCACCUUUAUAUUUCAUUGCAAACAUUAUACACUCUAAUUUGUAAAUGAAUGAAAUGGCUGGAAUGAAGUGAAAUAAAAGUACUGCCAGCAA